AAAGGAACGCAGAAACAACCAGAGAAACUGCAGGACUCGGUGAUAUGUGACUCCUAGUUCAAUCCGGCAAGACGUUCUCCUCCUAGUCCUACUCGCCUGGGGGAAAUCCCGGCUGGCUCGUAACCUGAGCCGUAGACUGAAGACUGAGAAUCGAGAAUCGUCUAGCCGGAUCGGCACGGGAGAGUACGAAAAGAAAAUGACACAACUUGCCCACAAGGCCACAACAUGGAAUUACCGGAACUCGUACCAACAGCGGCCUUGGCCCCCCAAAAUCUCAGGACAUAUCCUGCCUAGAAUUCCUACCAACAACGGCCCUGAUUAAUCCUAAAGAUGGCCAGUUAAUCAGAACAAUUACGGGAGCAAUUAAUUUGACAGGAUUUUUAGGAGUUCGUUCGCCUGUGGAAACUCAGGCCGCACGUAAACCCAUGGCUGCCACGGGAGGAAGGAGUUCGUGCUCCCAAAGGUUCGCACUUGAGCUCUUUUUAAUUAUUCCCGACCUUUUCGAUCUCGUUUUCUGUUUGGUUCUUCUUUCCUGCGAAGCCGAGAACCUAGAAGGAGGCUCAGCUCUUUCCUCCCCUCGCCGCCCUCUCUCUCACUCGCUCGUCGUCGCGGCCGCCACAAAAAGGGCAUUUAUGUCUCUUUGUUGACACGAAGAACCGAUGGCAAGAGGAGCGGACCCAGAUUAUAUUGGUUCUCUUUUACUCAUGGAUGGAUUUGACAUGGGUAUCAGGUUUGAUGGAUUUGGGGAAAAUAUGAAGAAGAUCAUGGAGUUACCAAUUAAGUAUCUUGAUUCUGCUCACGAUAAAGCUGUUGGGCUAGUUGAAGAUAUUCAGGCGAUGAUUUAUGCUCCCUUUCCUGAUGAUGAAUUACCAAACGAAGGCCAAGAUCCAUCUAGUAAUAGUGUCGUAAAUGGAUCUUCCACCACAUCUGUUGAAGUGGAUCAAAUUAACUCUAAUGAGGAAUUGUCAAGUUCUUCUUCAUCUCUCAUUACUGCUGAAGACAUUUCUCUCAGCACAGCUGAUAAUGAUCCUCAUGAAACUGAAUCAGUCUCGUCUAAAAAUCCAGACAGCUCCGCUUCUGAAGACACCAUUUCACUUGAGAGAACUGUUGGCACCAAGGAAGAGUAUAUGUUAGGCAAUUCAGAGAAUCUCUCAGAUAGCUGUGCUCCUAAAGACACCAUUUCACCGAGAACUGUUAGCAGUGGAAACAAGGUUGUUUUAUGCAAUUCAGAGAAUCUCUCAGAUCGCUGUGCUCCUGAAGACACCAUUUCACUAGGCAAAACUGUUAGCAGCGAAGAUGAAAUUAUUUUAUGGAAUCCAGGGAGUUCCGUAAACCCACCACAAUCACAUGAACAAGCCACCAUUUUCCAAGAUUAUGUAUCUCAAGAAGCAAAACCGGAUAAAGUCAUGCAGCAAGUUGGACUCCACAGUUCUGGGCAUUCAGAAUCUUCUGGUUGUAAUGGGAAAAUUCUUCUUGGAAGAAUCAGUGCAGAUGGUAAAGAGAAAUCAGAAAUAUACAGUUCGGACAGCCCUGAAAAAUCAAGAAAGCACGGAAACAUAAUGGAUUUGUGUGGUGGGACUAUUUCACAUCACUUGAGAGCAGGUGCAUCCAGUGAUGCCAAUGAUCCAAAUAUGUUUGUUGAUGAGGCCACAUAUUUUGUUGAUAUAGACCUCCGGGAUGGCGAGGAGCAGAUGAAAAAUAACAAAGCAGAGGCAUCCUCUGUUCCUCAACCAAAAAACGCAUCAUUCAAGAAAAUUGUGAUGAGGAGCUUGUCAAAUAAACUCCGGUGGUCAAAGAAGACUUCCCCUAUUAGACCACAAGAUGCAGCGAAUGUUCACUAUGAAGUGAUUUCCUCAUCAGAAGAUCUGGAGCAUGAUUGGGAACUCUUGUAAAUCUGCAAGAUGCUGCAUGCCUCUGGUUAUAGGGGGACAUGUCAUGUAAACUGAACUCCCUUUAUUAUUGCUGUUAUCUUAAAAGAAGGAUGGAAAGUUGAGGUUUUGCAUAUAUUUUUUUAGGACACCAUCUAUCGGUGUAUCGGCGUCACCUGUAAAUCCCAGCUGAGGUUGUGUAAUUAUCUGUAAAGCUCUUCAAAUUUUUAUCUUGAAGGCCUGAACCUAGGGGUGUUCGUAAUCAGGUUGGAAUAAAAAACGCAGUUCAAUUUUCGUGUAUUAAUAAACUGUUGCUUCUCACUCCA